GGAAGGUGGCUAGAUAAAAAUUCAAAUAGACGUUACCCUCUUCCUUUUCUACAUCUCUCUCCUAGCUUCUCUACCUGACACACCCUCCUCCAUCCUUUCAACCACCAUUCACUCUCAAACACAACUCCCACAGAUUUACACACCUGAGAGAAAAAGGACAUGUACCAAAGGAGGUUCCAAAGGAGUAAAUCCAAAGAUGUUGAGAAGCCCUUCCACAUUCCCAUUCAUGAUAAAAAUCCCCAAUGCAACUUUUAUCUUUUGAAACUUACUCUUGUUAUCCUUCUGUCUGGCAAUUUAUUGGCAUUUAUCUACUCUACAACUGUUUGCCAUCACAACCACGGAUCGCAUGCUGUUCCAUUGUGGAUAUGGGGAGGAUCAGAUCUGCGAUACGAAUCCAAUUUGGAUAUAAACUGGGAGGACAUUGCAAAAGUCAUAGAAGCAAUGUCAGAUGGGAAUGAAGUUCAGGAGAUUGGCCUUUUGAACUUCAACGUGACCGAAAUCAACCGAUGGAAGCAACUUACUCCCGAGUCAGAUCACAUCGUCCUACACCUAGACUAUGUGGAAAAAAACGUGACUUGGGAUUCCUUAUACCCGGAAUGGAUUGAUGAAGAACAAGAAGGUGAAGUCCCCAUUUGCCCUUAUUUUCCAAAGCUAGAAGUGCCCAAAAAACGUCUUGAUCUCAUCACGGUUAAGCUUCCUUGCAAUGAUGAUGAGAAUUGGGCUAGAGAUGUGGCCCGGUUGCAUUUGCAGCUUGCAGCAGCUGGGCUAGCGGCGGCUUCCAAAGGCUACCACCCUGUUCAUUUACUUUUUGUCACUAAGUGUUUUCCCAUUCCAAAUCUGUUUACUUGCAAGGAACUUGCUUCACGGGAAGGCAAUGCAUGGUUGUACAAUCCAAACUUGAAUGUGCUGAGGGAAAAGUUACAGCUCCCGGUUGGCUCAUGUGAACUUGCACUUCCCUUCAAACCAAAAGAACAUGGCUACUCAGGAAAUGUGCACCGAGAGGCCUAUGCAACAAUCCUACAUUCUGCUGAUGUCUAUGUUUGUGGAGCCAUAGCUUUAGCCCAAAGCAUACGCAAUGUGGGAUCCAAACGAGACCUUGUGAUUCUUGUCGAUGAAACAAUAAAUGGGUACCACAGGAGUGGACUUGAGGCUGCAGGAUGGAAAGUCCGGGAAAUCCAGAGGAUAAGAAAUCCAAAAGCCGAAAAAGACUCUUACAAUGAAUGGAAUUACAGCAAGUUCCGCUUAUGGCAGUUAACAGAUUAUGACAAGAUCAUAUUCAUCGAUGCUGACAUGCUUGUACUUAGAAACAUCGAUUUCUUAUUCAGUAUGCCAGAAAUUUCGGCAACAGGAAAUGAUGCAACGCUUUUUAACUCGGGUGUAAUGGUGGUGGAGCCAUCAGAUUGUACAUUCCAACUUCUAAUGGAUCACGUAGACCAGAUUGAGUCAUAUAAUGGGGGAGAUCAAGGGUACUUGAAUGAAAUCUUUACGUGGUGGCACCGGAUUCCAAACCACAUGAAUUUUUUGAAACAUAUUUGGGACAAAGAUGAUGAGGAAGAGAAAGAAACGAAAACUAGGCUUUUUGGAGCAGAGCCUCCAAUUCUUUAUGUGCUCCAUUACUUGGGAUUGAAACCAUGGCUUUGCUUCCGGGACUACGAUUGCAACUGGAAUGUGGAUAUGUUACAUGAAUUUGGGAGCGAUGUUGCUCACUCGAUGUGGUGGAAAGUGCACGAUUCGAUGUCAGAGCUUUUGCAGCAGUUUUGUUUGUUGAAAACGACUCAAAAGGCACAAUUGGAGUGGGAUCGGAUGCAAGCUGAAAAGGGAAACUACACAGAUGGGCACUGGGGAAUUAAAAUUCGUGAUAGGCGUUUGAAGAGGUGCAUCGACAAUUUCUGUUCUUGGAAAAACAUGUUAAAGCACUGGGGCGAGGAAAACACGACAAAUAAUGGUUUUGGACAUCAGCGCCACCUUCCAUAGCCAUGGCAUUGCUUCUGGAUUGAGGCAUUGGAAUUUUUUUGACCAUAUUCUGGUUCUGGAUUUUUGAAGUACAUAUGCUGAGUGAUGAAGUUGUGUUCAUAUAUAUCAACUUGAAAUUGUUUUCAGUGGAAGUUGUUAUAUCAGCAUUCAAUAAGUAACAGAAAAUUUGCUGCC